AUGGAACAACAAACCAUAUCAUUGCACUACCAGCGUAUGGAGGAAUGGUUGAUUGACAGAAGGGCUGUGCUUGGCAAAAAGUACAAGAAGGAGUAUGCUCGGUUGUUAGAGUUGGCACCUACAUUAGUUCAAUUAGUCAAAUAUGAUAUACCCGCUCAGCAGCGACGGCAGCAAAAAAUUUCCUCCGCAGUUGAUGAUACCCACAGAGCCAUUGAGGAGGCUACCAAAAGUGCCCUGAAGUUUGAGGAAAAACGGACGAGGAUGAUUGAGGAGUACGAUCUCCACAGAGGCGGCGAUGUGAAUGUGGAGACGAACCUUGAAGGGGCCGUGGACGCAAGAAUUGCCUCUAGCAUAACUGCUUUAAGUGGUGUACUGAGAGAAUUGGGAAGUAGCCAUUAUCUUGCAAUGUUCCGCGGUGUUUAUGACGAUUUUCUAUCAAAGUAUUCUUCAGGGAUGUAUGGGGGAGGUGCGUUUUCGCAGCACUUUCCGUGGUUGGAACGUGUGUUUGAGGAGCGGUUCCAUGCGAUUGAUGAGGUAACCAACCGGAGUCAAGAGGGGGUUGCAGCUGCAACGGAACAACAAAGUAACGAAGUUGGGUGUGUUAUUGAUUGGGGUGAUGUGGGAACCUCUGAACCAAUUGAUGUUGGCGCAGUAGUGGAGAUAAAAUGGGAAAACGAUGUCGUUGCGAACUGCACUAAUGACGAUGAGGAGUGUUUGCCACCUGCAGUAGCGGAGGGAGUAGCAACUGUUUCGGUAGCUAACGCAGUGCAUAGGAAGAAUAUAUUGGCAGAACUCCAGGCAAUGCGGUGCUUUGCAUCCGAAAGGGCGAAUGCAGGUGACAACUCUCUUGAUGAGUGUCACGAGCCAGUACUUGCUGUUGAAAAACAACUGACGACUUCUACGGAAGCCUUUUUUGUCCGUAUGCACACAAGCCAAACGGCUCGAGUAGCGUUUAUUGACGAAAUACAGAGAUUUCGUCGGGCUGCAACAGCGGCUGUGACACGUAAGGCUAGUAGUGAAGCGCGGCUGCAGCAGGUGCUGGAGGAAUUACAAGAAAUGGAGCCCCAUUUGGAAGUAUUACUGCAAUCUGCACGGGCCUGCCGUGAUGAAUGCCUUGUGGAACUUUCAAAGAUGUUUCCCGGCCAGCGCGUCGUAAUGGUGGGCGAUAUCAACAAAUUUUUGUGA